GUGCUCGCGAAGAUCAUUUUAGCACAGCCGGAGAAACCUGCAGACGUCAAGGGCCACGACAGCUCGGUGUGUCAUUAUUUUUGCAGCACUGCAUCCACUGUCAGAGCUCCUUGUCUGCUGUGAGCCGACAACUAUCGUGUGCAGACGACUGGCCUUAUUCGCUACUACAGAAGCACCGCAAGGAGUAUGAGGCGGGUUGCAAUGACAGCACGGAGAACGAAGCGGAAGCUGAAAGGAGAAUGCCGUUUUCAUAGACAAGAGACGAAUGCAAUUAACAGGGAAGGAAGCGACAUUGCACGUCGCGGAGCUCAACUUUGCUCAAUGACCCGCACGGCUUCAUGGACAACCCUGUCCGUUCUCCCCACGCAAUGUCGUGCCCCAGCCCGCGCCUGACUUCGAGCCAUUUGACCACCCGCUCGCGCACAUGAUCUGCCUCAUCAUGGCGUACUCCGCUUCCGUCAAGGACCUAUUCACAACGCAUGACUCACUCGUGACGACGGGCUACCCGAACAGCCACAAGCUGAUCCUUGUCAUUGAAGACGGGGUGGUCAAAAGCGCUGAUCGACAGCCUUCGACAGCUACUCUUCUAUCUGCACUAGUCCUCAAGUAUUCUUUCCGUCUCCAGUGCGCCCUGCCGACACAUCGGUUAGUUCCAACACAGGUCUCUUUCAAUUGGACACGAUCCUAAGACCUCUCUAAGGAUUCUUCACCACGCGGAUGCGAAUGUGCACCCUAGUACUAUUACCGACACUUUUGAGUCCACCGAUAUCCGAAACUACUGUGUUGCCAAUUAAAUGUAAAUAUAAAUAUGAAAAAAUCCUUUCUGUAAUCU